GCCUCAUUUUACUAUCAGCUACUGACAGCAUGGAGGACAGCUCUAUACUAGCUGCUUUCUCAAAUAUUUAUGUCACAAUUUUUGCAUUGUUCUGCUUCAAACUUUUAAUAAAAAUCAGUCUGGCUCUGCUGACCCACUUUUACAUCGUCCAGGGCAAUAAGAAGGAAGCAGCAAGAAUUGCAGAGGAGAUCUAUGGAAUAACUCCAGGUUCAUGGGCAGACAGAUCUCCCUUACAUGAAGCUGCAUUUCAUGGACGUCUAUUGUCUUUAAAAACCCUCAUUGCCCAGGGUUUUAAUGUGAAUAUUGUCACUAUCGAUAGAGUUUCUCCUCUUCAUGAAGCUUGCCUUGGAGGCCAUGUAGCCUGUGCUAAAGUGUUGUUGGAGAAUGGAGCCAAUGUGAAUUCAGUCACCAUUGAUGGUGUAACACCCUUAUACAAUGCUUGUUGUUCCGGAAGUGCUGCCUGUGUCAAUGUGUUGCUUGAGUACAAAGCAAAGCCGCAGCUUGAAUGCCAGUUGCCUUCUCCAAUUCACGAGGCAGCAAAAAGAGGACACAGGGAAUGCAUGGAAAUACUACUUGCACAUGGAGUAAAUAUAGACCAAGAAACAUCCCAGCUUGGGACUCCUCUUUAUGUGGCAUGCAGCUUUCAGAGACCGGAUUGUGUGAAAAAACUCCUUGAGCUGGGAGCAAAUGUUGAACGAGGAAGAUUACAAGAUACUCCUUUACAUGCUGCUGCACGAAAAUCCAGCGUAAAAGUUGUGGAUUUGCUAAUUGACUAUGGGGCGGAUGUCAAAUGGAGAAAUACUGAAGGAAAAAGGCCAAUAGACCUAGCAGUUCCAAACACUUCCGUGGAAAAGGCACUGCUAUUAAGAGAAGGUCCUGCGGCUCUCACACAGCUUUGUCGCCUCUGCAUCCGGAAAUGUUUGGGUCGAUUAAGACUUCACAAAGUGACCAGCUUAGAACUACCCGAGCGAUUAAAGGAAUUUCUGCUCUAUAGAACUGCUGCUCACUGGAUGUUUUUUGUUUCUCACACUAAUUCUAACAAACUCCAGAGACUGCUCUUUGUGAAAAGCCCAGGAGAUCAUCAAUAACAAAUACUCAGACAAGCCUGUCUGGCACCAACAAUCAUACUACAGUCAUGACAUUCUGGAAGUUUGAUUUGAACAUUUACUGUAGCUCCUGACUUGUAGUUGGAUGAUUAUAUGCAUUUCACUGCUGCCACAUGAUUGGCAGAUUAGCUAAUUGCAUGCAUAAGGAGGUGCACAGGUGUUCCUAACAGUUUGCUCAGUGGGUUUAUAUGGACCAUGAUACUGGAGCACUGAAACAAAAACUACAUACCUACAGAAGCAUGUCUCUGCAUUUCAGAUUACAUUCUUAAUGACAGUUUUACAAAGCAGUGAAUAAGAUGGUGAAAGCGAAAUGAUGAUGAGUUCUGUUAACAAAUAUUCUUCCAGCCAUUUGAUCUUUUUACUAUUGCAUUUAGUCGCACUUUGGUGUGAAGUUGUGUCACAGUCUAUAAUCUAAUGCCUUAGU